AUGUUAAGGAGUGUAUCAUUCGGAGAUCACUUUGAGGCUAACGACGUUCCGGCGCUUAGCCAAGCAACCAACAGUGAAAGUAAACCAAGCAAUCAUAAAGGUGAUAGUUCUGCUCAUCUGCAGGUCGACCUCGAAGGCUCUCUCAUUUACCAUGGCGCGACUAGCAUCUAUCGAAGCGACGUGGUCAACCCUACAACUAGUGCUGUUUUGGACGAUUUAAGCCUUCUUCCGUUAAGUUACUACACCUCUGACGCGAAAUUUGAGCAUGUCGCGGAGCACUUUGGCAUUAAUCUGCAAGACGAGUUGGUGGAGAAUGCUCUCUUGCAAUUCUUCAAAUGGCAAUACCCCCAUUUCAUGUUCAUUUACCGCGAGGCCUUCUUGAGAGAUCACUUUAGUGAGAGAGCCAAUUGUAAAUACUGGUCUUCAGCGCUGUUGCUGUCAAUCUGUGCUUUGGGGACUUUGAUGUCGCCAGAGCAACGUCAUCGUCAGGCAAGCGAACAGUUUUUCUCCGCAGCAGAGAGUAUUCUCAUUGUCUCUGGGUUUACCAAGCCCUCAGUAGUCACUGUACAGGGCUUUUUAUGCUUGGCCUUUUAUGAAAUUGGGCGGGGGAAUCUGUCCAAGGGAUGGGGGUUCUCAGGAAUUGCAUUUCGAAUGGCACAAGAUUUGGGCAUGCAGAGAGACCCUAAGCAAUGGAAGUCACAUGAUGUCACCUUGGUAACAGAGGAAGACAUGGAAAUUCGAAGACGCAUCUUUUGGGGAUGCUACACUUCGGACAAGUUGAUCAGUCUCAUCCUCGGAAGACCUGUGCAUCUUUCCCAUGAUGAUGCGGAGGUCCAGACAGCCGAGAGACUUCCAGAUUUUCCAGAAAUGAAGCCAUGGUUGCCAGCCGGCUUCGACGACUGCAAUAGCGGGCUUGGCGAUGUCAAUCCUCUCAUACCUUGUUUCAAGGCACAAAUCGGACUUUCGAAAAUAAUCGAAAACAUGCUGUCAAAGUUGUUCUCAGCAAAAGCAAGCCUUAAGGGUCUUGGCCGGCAGACAUGUCUGGACGAUAUCAACUUAGCACUGUGCAAGUGGUAUGAAGAAUUACCCAACUGCGUGAAAUGGAAUAGAUGGGAGCCGACAAGCAAUAUUCUAAUACCGAGUGUAGCGGCCUUGCAUCUUCUAUUUCAAAGCGCCCGUAUUGCGCUUAACUACGAUCAAGCAACGUCGAACCAAUGCAGUGAAGAAACAGAGAGCGCUCGUAAAUGCUGCAUUUCGUCGGCAGAGGACAUAACUUACAUCAUGCGAAAAUAUAGGAGCCAGUAUGGGCUGAAUCACAGCCCUUUGGUCAUGGUCUAUGGAGUGAUGCAGGCGUGCAGAGCGCAUACGGUUUUUGGCACGCACGAUGAAGCUCAGUAUCUUCUUCGUUCUUUAGACGAAUGUUGUGCUGCAUGGUGUUUAGCUCACCAAACAAGACUCAGACUGACACACGAUGGAACCUAA